GGGUGCUGCCGCCUGCCCCCGACGAGCCGGCUGCGAAGGUGGCGGUCCUGCCCGGUCAGAGAUAGCGGAGGGACUGUAAACCUUUGAGCCCGUGGGGAAGGUCACCUCCUGCACCUUCCUGGCAAAGUGCAUCCUUGUGUCCCCAGACUGAACCGGGGCCGUUGUCUUUCUAGCUAUGACAUGGUGCACUAUGGCCACUCGAACCAGCUACGCCAGGCUCGGGCCAUGGGAGAUUAUCUGAUUGUUGGAGUCCACACAGAUGGUAAGAGGCUUUCUCAGCUUUUCACCUCGUGCUGCCUCUAGAAUCGCCCAGCAACGUUAGCCCCGAGAGAACGGAGAUACUCUGAUACAAAGCAGGCUUCUUCCUGCGUCUCCGCAAGGAGCAGCAGCCUCCAAAAGAAAAGUGUCUUCCCUGGAGGAGAUUGCCAAGCACAAGGGCCCCCCUGUAUUUACACAGGAGGAGAGGUACAAAAUGGUGCAAGCCAUCAAGUGGGUGGAUGAGAUUGCUCCAGGAGCUCCCUAUGUCACCACACUGGAAACCCUGGACAAAUAUAACUGCGACUUCUGUGUGCAUGGUGAUGACAUCACCUUAACGAUAGAUGGCAAGGAUACCUAUGAGGAAGUGAAAACAGCGGGGCGAUACAGGGAAUGCAAACGCACCCAAGGUGUGUCCACUACUGACCUCGUUGGCCGCAUGCUGCUCAUGACUAAGGCUCACCACAGCAACAUAGAUGAGGACCUAGACUAUCGGAAGCACACUGACAACUUUGGGAAGGGGCCAAAAGGUCACAGUCCCUGGACUGGCGUCUCGCAGUUCCUACAGACAUCUCAGAAGAUCAUCCAGUUUGCAUCAGGGAAGGAGCCACAGCCAGGAGACACUAUCAUCUAUGUGGCCGGAGCCUUUGACCUGUUCCAUAUUGGGCAUGUGGAUUUCCUGGAGAAGGUUCACCAGCUGGCAGAGAAACCCUACAUUAUUGCUGGGCUGCACUUUGAUCAGGAAGUAAAUCGCUACAAAGGGAAGAACUAUCCCAUCAUGAACAUCCAUGAGAGAACACUUAGUGUCUUGGCCUGUAGGUACGUCUCGGAAGUGGUGAUUGGAGCCCCCUACGCUGUCACUGCUGAUCUGCUGGAUCACUUCAGGGUAACACUUGUGUGUCAUGGGAUGACGGAGGUGGUGCCAGAUAAGGAUGGUUCUGAUCCGUAUGAGGAACCGAAGAGACGCGGCAUUUUCCAGCUGGUGGACAGUGGCAGCAAUCUCACCACAGAUUUAAUUGUGCAAAGAAUCAUCAAGAACAGGCUGGAGUUUGAAGCUAGGAACCAGAAGAAGGAAGCAAAAGAGCUGGCUGUGUUGGAGGCCAUGAAGAGACUGGAAGAGGAGAAGCACUAGGCCAGCAGAGAGCCAAUGCGUGGGUCGCAGAGCGCCGCAGUCUCACCCUCUUGAGGAGCAGACAGCUCUUCAAGAGGGGACCCCUGAACGGGGACACCGCUGCCGGCAUGCAGGAUGUGCUGUCUUACCCUCUUGUCUCAUAGCUCCUCCUGCACUAAUUAUGCAGACAUAACGAGUCGGGAUCCUGCUGCCUAGUUUUUCCUCUGUUAAUCAGCUCCCGUCCCCUUUCCCAGGAGGAGAUUUGACAA